AUGGCAUCGGAGACCAACUCAAUUGAGGUGAAGGACGAAUAUGCUCCAAGUCGGCCCCAUACCGGCGAUGGUGAUACAUCGACGCUUGAUGACUCGCCUAUGGCACUCAUCGACCAAGUCGAUGUAGAGACUCUUACCAGGAUAGCCACUCAGCGCUCGCGCCGACAAUCGACACCCGGUACAACAGAUAAGCUAGCUGUCCUCGCCCAGCAAGAUCCAUCGCUCGACCCCCAGUCGGGAAAAUUCGAUUUGCGAAAGUGGCUGAAAGCCGCAAUCACCGAUAUCAGUCGCGAUGGCCGGCCUGGACACACGGCGGACGUACUCUUCAAGAAACUGAACGUGUAUGGAUCCGGCGCUGCGCUGCAGUUUCAGAACACAGUCACAUCGGCCCUCACAGCUCCUCUUCGGUUGCCUCAGAUCAUUCGCCAUUCGCAUUCUCCGCAAAGGCGCAUUCUCAAGGAUUUCAGUGGGUUGUUGAAAAGUGGUGAGCUGUUGCUUGUGCUGGGUCGGCCCGGUGCUGGCUGUAGUACACUGUUGAAGUCUAUGACUGGAGAGUUACAUGGAUUGAAUUUGGACCCAGAGAGUGUUAUUCAUUACAAUGGCAUCCCUCAAUCUCGCAUGAUGAAAGAGUUCAAGGGCGAACUUGUGUAUAACCAAGAGGUUGAUAGACAUUUCCCUCAUUUGACUGUUGGCCAGACCCUGGAAUUUGCAGCCGCAACACGAACUCCCGCCCAUCGGUUCCAAGACAUGUCGCGCACUGAAUUCGCCAAAUAUUUGACCCAAAUCAUCAUGGCUGUCUUUGGGUUGAGCCAUACGUACAAUACCCGCGUCGGAGAUGACUUCAUCCGCGGUGUUUCUGGUGGUGAGCGAAAGCGUGUCUCCAUUGCUGAAAUGGCCUUGGCCCAUGCUCCAAUUGCUGCCUGGGACAACUCCACCCGAGGCUUGGACUCCGCGACGGCUUUGAAGUUCGUCGAGGCUUUGCGUUUGUCCGCUGAUAUUACUGGUUCUUGCCAUGCAGUCGCUGCCUACCAGGCAAGUCAAAGUAUCUACGAUGUCUUUGACAAGGUGAUUGUGCUUUACGAAGGCCACCAAGUCUUCUUCGGGUCUGCUGCCGGGGCAAAGGCCUACUUUGAGAAUCAAGGAUGGGACUGCCCUGCUCGACAGACUACCGGAGACUUCCUCACCUCAGUGACAAACCCGCAAGAGCGGAAAGCUAAGCCCGGCAUGGAGAAUCGUGUUCCUCGUACACCGGAGGAAUUCGAGGCCGCGUGGCUGAAGUCGCCUGAAUACAAGCAACUGCAGGAUGAUAUCACUGCCUACGAAGGAAGUAACCCCGUUGGACAGGAUUCGCAGGCCCUCACUGCUUUGCAGGAACGGAAGCGUGAGGCGCAGGCCAAGCACACCAGGCCUAAGUCUCCAUAUAUGAUCAGUGUUCCCAUGCAAAUCAAGCUCAACACCAUUCGUGCCUACCAACGGCUGUGGAAUGACGCUGCCUCGACGAUCUCCGUGAUUCUCACUAAUAUUAUCAUGGCUUUGAUCAUCGGAUCAGUCUUCUUUGGAACUCCAAAUGCAACUGCUGGUUUCCAAUCCAAAGGUGCAACUCUGUUCUUCGCCGUCCUCCUCAAUGCCCUCACAGCGAUGUCUGAAAUCAACAGUCUCUACUCGCAACGCCCAAUUGUCGAAAAACAUGCUUCCUUUGCCUUCUAUCACCCUGCUACCGAAGCUAUUGCCGGUGUUCUAAGUGAUAUACCCGUGAAGUUUGCAUUGUCGGUUGUGUUCAACAUCAUUCUCUACUUCCUUGCCGGUCUGAAGCGAGAAGCCUCCAACUUCUUCAUUUACUUCCUAAUCACCUUUGUCAUCACCUUCGUCAUGAGUGCCAUCUUCCGCACAUUGGCCGCUGUUACCAAGACCAUCUCACAGGCUAUGGGUCUGGCAGGUGUCAUGAUCCUGGCCCUCGUUGUGUAUACCGGUUUUGUCCUCCCUGUCCCAUCCAUGCAUCCCUGGUUCGAAUGGAUCCAUUAUCUCAACCCGAUUUACUACGCCUUUGAGAUCCUGAUCGCCAACGAGUUCCAUGGCCGCGAGUUCCCCUGUUCGUCCUUUGUUCCCGCCUACGCCGACUUGUCAGGGAAUUCAUUCAGUUGUUCUGCAGCAGGUUCAGUCGCAGGCUCUAGAACAGUCAAUGGCGACCGGUACAUUCAACUGAACUACUCCUACAGCUACAGCCACGUCUGGCGUAACUUUGGUAUCCUCAUGGCCUUCUUGGUCGGCUUCAUGCUUAUCUACUUCAUCGCGUGCGAGCUGAACUCAUCUACCACCAGCACUGCCGAAGCUCUGGUCUUCCGUCGCGGUCACGAACCCGCCAGCCUCCGCCAGGGUCCUAAGUCUGGAUCUGAUGUUGAAGCCACUGAGCAGGCCAAAGCCCAGCCCGCAGCUGGCAGCGAUCAGAAGGGAAUGAGUGCCAUCCAGGCUCAGACCGAUACCUUCACCUGGCGCGAUGUGUCGUAUGAUAUCGAGAUUAAGGGCGAGCCCCGUCGUCUCUUGGAUAACGUUUCUGGAUGGGUCAAGCCUGGAACUCUCACUGCCCUGAUGGGUGUCAGUGGUGCUGGCAAGACGACCUUGCUUGAUGUAUUGGCUCACCGCACAUCUAUGGGUGUCAUCACUGGUGACAUGUUUGUCAACGGCCGUGGGUUGGAUGAUAGUUUCCAGCGAAAGACAGGUUAUGUCCAGCAGCAGGAUCUUCACCUCGAUACCUCUACCGUGCGGGAGUCUUUGCGGUUCAGUGCUAUGCUGCGUCAGCCAGCCACCGUCUCGGUUCAGGAGAAGUACGACUAUGUGGAGGAUGUGAUCAAAAUGCUGAAGAUGGAAGAGUUCGCUGAGGCUAUUGUUGGUGUCCCGGGCGAGGGUUUGAACGUUGAGCAGCGCAAGCUGUUGACCAUCGGUGUCGAAUUAGCUGCCAAACCCAAGCUACUACUCUUCUUGGAUGAGCCUACCAGUGGUCUCGACUCUCAAAGCUCUUGGGCUAUCUGUUCAUUCCUGCGCCAGCUAGCCGAGCACGGCCAAGCUGUCCUCUGCACUAUCCACCAGCCCAGCGCCAUGCUCUUCCAACAAUUCGAUCAACUCCUGUUCCUCGCCCGAGGCGGUAAGACCGUGUACUUUGGCCCGGUUGGAGAAAACUCCAGCACAAUGCUCGAGUACUUCGAAUCCAACGGCGCGCGCAAGUGUGCUGAUAACGAAAACCCCGCCGAGUACAUGCUGGGUAUCGUCAACGCCGGCCAGAACAGCAAGGGCGAGGACUGGUUCGACGUGUGGAAAAAGAGCAACGAAUGCGCGGAAGUUCAGACAGAAAUCGAUCGCAUCCACAAGGAAAGAGCAGAUGCAUUGCCUGACGAAGACGACUCCGCACGGAGUCACUCUGAAUUUGCCAUGCCCUUCUGGUUCCAGCUCACCCAGGUCACAUACCGCGUCUUCCAGCAGUACUGGCGCAUGCCAUCCUACGUUCUAGCGAAAUGGGGGCUCGGAAUUGCUUCCGGUCUCUUCAUCGGUUUCUCUUUCUACAACGCCAAGGCAUCUCUUCAGGGCAUGCAAACCAUCAUCUACUCCCUCUUCAUGAUCUGCACCAUCUUCUCCUCACUAGCACAACAGAUCAUGCCCGUCUUCGUCAGCCAACGCUCCCUCUACGAAGGCCGCGAACGCCCCAGCAAAUCCUACUCCUGGAAAGCCUUCCUAGUCGCCAACAUCAUCGUCGAAAUCCCCUACAUGAUCGUCAUGGGCGUCCUCACCUACGGCAGCUACUUCUACGCCGUCGUCGGCAUCCCAGACUCGACAACACAAGGCACAGUCCUCCUCUUCUGCAUCGUCUUCUUCAUCUACGCCAGCACAUUCACCCACAUGGUCAUCGCCGGUCUACCAGACGAACAAACCGCCAGCGCAGUCGUCGUCCUCCUCUUCGCCAUGUCCCUCACCUUCUGCGGUGUCAUGCAGCCUCCAUCCGCCCUACCGGGCUUCUGGAUCUUCAUGUACCGCGUCUCGCCAUUUACCUACUGGAUUGGCGGUAUGGCAGGGACACAGGUGCACAAUCGACAGAUCGUAUGUUCCCCUGCUGAACUGGCUGUUUUCAAUCCGCCAUCUGGCCAGACUUGCUUCCAAUACUUGGAGAAGUACGUUACUGCUGCUGGGGGCCAGUUGCUCAAUGGUGAUGCGACGAGUGACUGCAAGUACUGCUCUCUGCAUGUUGCGGAUCAGUUCCUUGCGACUGCGGGUAUUUCGUACUCCGAUAGGUGGCGCAAUUUCGGUAUUAUGUGGGCGUUUAUUUUGUUCAAUAUCUUUGUCGCGACGCUUAUGUACUAUCUUGUUCGUGUGAAGAAGUGGAAUAGUGCGGACUUGAAGGAGUCUGUGAAGAGGUUCAUUCCUGGGAAGAAGGCGAAGGGUGGCAACUGA